AGCAUGUAAUUUGAAUCUGGCAAGGAGACUAAAGUACAGUUCACAACAUCUUUCUCUCAGUCUCACUUUGUACUAAGUUUCUGUUUCCAAUGGCUACAUCGGUAAAGAACAACUUCCUGAACCAUGCACUGGCUUCCAAACUCCAGCAAGCACUGAUCCGCAGGAAGGACAGUGUGCAGGAACAGCACCAGAGCAAAGCCAAGGAACCAACCAAAGCUUCUUCAAAACCUGUGGUACUAGUCACCAAUGGUGAAGGCAUAGACUCUCCUGGUCUAACAUUCCUCGUGGAGGCACUCCUCCGUGAUGCUCUUCUUGAUGUUCAUGUCUGUGCCCCACAAUCGGAUAGAUCUCUGUGUGGUCACUCGGUUACCACUGGGGAGACACUAGCUGUGUGUUCAACACAAGUUGGUGGUGCUAAUGCCUUUGAAGUGUCAGGAACCCCAGCAGACUGUGUCUCUUUGGCUUUGUCCGGGGCAUUGUUUUCUUGGUCAAAACCUGUUUUGGUAAUCAGUGGAGUAAACAAAGGAGCAACCUGUGGUUAUGACACUUUGUACUCUGGGGCUGUUGCUGGAGCUAGAGAGGCUAUGAUUUGUGGUGUGCCUUCUCUUUGUAUAUCAUUGAACUGGGAAAAGAAUGUGAGUUGUGAAAGUGAUUUGAAGGAUGCAGUUGCUGUAUGCUUACCAUUAAUUCAAGCAGCCAUAAGUGAUAUUCAGAAAGGGAUUUUCCCCAAGAAUUGCUUCCUCAAUAUAGGGAUCCCAAGCUGUCCUCUGACAAAUAAGGGUGUGAAAGUGACAAGGCAAAGUCCAAACAGAGCUUCUUUAAAUUGGCAAGCGGUGUCAACAAAUAGGAACCCUUCUGCAGGCCAUUACAUGUCAAACCAGCAAAGUCUUGGAAUCAUGUUAGCAAAACUAGGACGAGAUGCCUCUGCUGCCGCAGCAGCACGCCGGCUAAACUCAAACCGCAAGAACGUGGAGAUUGAAUCAAUUGGUGUUGCUGGGAAAUUCAGUUCUCAACAAAGCAUAAAGAAAUACUUCAGAAUGGAGUUAACUGAAAAAAGGCAGGAGAAUAAAGAGGAUGAUUUAGACUCUAGAGCACUUGAAGAGGGAUAUGUUACUGUCACCCCUUUGUCUGUAUAUGAAAAUGGUGACAUGGAAAUUCAAUCAUCAGUCUCCAGUUGGUUAGCUAUUGGAGUCAGUGGAGAUCAAUGAGCAAUUUGCAUUGUAAUUGUGGCAAUUUGAAAGUGAGAGAGUAAUGCUUGACAAGUUUGAUAUUAUGAGAUCAUAGAAAGUAUAUCAUGUGUCAUUGGCCAGAUUCUGUUUCAUUAACUUAAUCUAUAUAUUCCUAGUCCACAAUUCAGUUUCCCA